CCCGAAUUCACCGUACAAAGUGAAGAAUCAAUUUCUCAUUUUCAUUUUCGCUAUCGAUUCACAGAUUCACAAAUUCAGGACGUUCUUGUUUGCUCUUGUUUCAUUCCGCACAUCUCGGUAUAGUAUUUUCGAGGUGGUUUUGUUAGCCGAACCUGUUUGUCAAAUCGCUUAUGUUAACUCUCGCGGCUGUCGGAAAUCGCAACACGGACAAGCUGAUUUACUUAUUUUACUAUUUCGUGAUGGCGAAGAGAUGCAAAACAUGUUCCGACGAAAUCUCGAGCGCAGAGUUCAUCAAGUGUUACGGGACUUGCACAAACACAUUUCAUUCGAAAUGUGUUUCGAUUAGUAAAACGUUGUUGAAUGCACUUGGCGCCAAUCCAAAUAUACGCUGGUACUGUUAUGAUUGUAAUUUAAACAACCCCAUCACCUCAUCGAUGAAUGAAAUGAAGGAAUCUAUUGGACAAUUGUCGAAUUCAUUAUCAAAUGACCUCAGCAAUUUUUUGAGGGCCAUGACGACGUGUGUUACGGAAAGUUUGUCGGCUAUUGCAACCAGAUCAGCUCCCACUCUGAGCAAUCUACAUAGUCAAUCGUCUCAUCAGAUGUUUGGCAAUGGGUCAACCACCGCCGCUAAUUCGAAUGCCACAACCACCAAUGCUACUUCCAAAAGACGACGUGGACACAACUCAAUUUCGAAUCCUGCGAAAAUUCAGUGCAACAACAACCGUUCAGCGAAACCAGUAGCCCCACCCGUGACGGUUUUGGACGCUCACGCCAGAAAGAGCAUCGUUGUUUCAAAUAUUGCUCCAGACACGGAUGUCGCUACGUUAUCGAAUUAUCUGCGCUCAAAAUUGAAAUCAUCCAACGAUCAAGUGAGAGUUGUAACGUUGAUACCGCCAUCGAUAAAACCUGAGGAUCUGAAAUUCAUGCAGUUUCGGGUCUCAUUCCCAGCCGGAAUGUAUAGUGCAGUAUCGUCUCCAUCAAUCUGGCCAUCCGCUGUGCGCAUAAGAGACUUCAUCAUCAAAGGAAGUAAUAGAAAUUAUGGAUCAAAUCACCGUCGACCGAUUCCGGUAGCUCGAGAUCAUUUUGACAUCACUGUGAAUCAUCAGCAAGCGGCUCAACCGGUCCAGCCAGCCAAUGACACGCCAAUGGACGCUGAAACAAUGCCCAGCAACCGACACCCACUGGACAGUGAAAAUUUUUUAUUGACAACUCCGCCUCUACCGAUACCAAUACAGACGGUCAGCUCGCAGGAGCUUUUUACUUUAGAGAACGGCAAUUUUUCUAAUUUUUCAGUUGACGACUUUUGCGACGAUGUAAUUGACUUUUCUGUUUCCUCCCUGGCCUACAACUCGUUGUUACCAGGAAAUAAAUAUAUUUCCACAUACAAUUUGGUUUCUGUUCGACCCGAUUGGAUGUGCGAUCUGGAGGCAAAUGAAUUUGGUGAAUUUGGUGACAUUGUUCCGGCUCUUGCGACGAGUAAUGUUAUUCCCUCUGGACAAGACUCACGACACGGCAAACGAUGCAUAUAUUACCAAAACGUGCGCUGGUUGAGGUCGAAAUUAGAAGAUUUUCAUUUGUCAUCAACUUCAUGUGAGUAUGAUAUAAUGGCUCUGACCGAAACGAAUUUGAUCCAGUCGAUACAAGACGCUGAGAUUCGAGCUCGAAACAGCAAACCUGGCAUUUCCGUAGCCUACCUGGAGGAACAACUGACGCAGCAAAGUUGA